ACAACCUCAUUCUGGUACUUAAAGUAUGGUGCGGCGUCACAGCCCGUAGAGCUGGCUCUCCUACAGAUUUCUAAUGCGCCUGAAUUACAGUUUCCUGUUCGUAAUUUUUACUGUCUUCUGUCUCUAUGCUACAUCGACACACGCUAAUAGCGAGGGAGUUUCACUCGACAGCUUUUUCAGUCAACAUCAAGUAACUCCUGACAGCGACGACUACGAGAAGUUACUCGAUCUAGCCGUCCAGAAAGUGAUGGUGGGAGUUCGAAUACAGCUACAGAUCAAUAAGAAGUUGUACCACGGAUUUACCUGCGAUAAAUUCCUGUUUCUCGUUAGCGAGUCCACGUUGGAUAUUGUGGGUGUGACCAUUCUAGCCCCAACCGAGAACGCCGGAAACUGGGACAAAAAGACUAUGAAGAACAAAGUGAAAAGCACAGAGACCCUCGUGAAGAUCCUCCUUCGUCGAUGCACGUCGACGAGAUGAAGACCAUGGGACUAUACUUACCUAGGGAACACAUACUAGUCCUGCGUAGCCAAUUGAAUGAUAUUCUCAGCAGUUCAACGUCAACAGCGAAGUAGCCUUGAUUUAACUUCCUCUGAACUUUAAGCAACG